GAGCCUCACCGGCGAGCGGCCGGCGGAGGAGCCGGGGCAGCCCGGAGUGGGAUCCCGCCCGCCCCCCGGCGGCACCGUCGCAUCGGGAUGAAGGAGUGCUGCCGAAUCUGUGCCCGGGAGCUGUGCGGGAACCAGCGACGCUGGAUCUUCCACACGGCCUCCAAGCUGAACCUGCAGGUGCUGCUGUCCCACGUGCUGGGCCGCGAGCUGAGCCGCGACGGCCGGGCCGAGUUCGCCUGCGCAAAAUGCGCGUUCAUGCUGGACCGCGUCUACCGCUUCGACCACGGUCAUGCGCCCGGCGUCGAGGCCCUGUCCAUCGAGCGCGUGCAGAAGCUCCUGCUGGAGAAGGACCGCCUCAAGGCCUGCAUCGCCGGCCUGUACCGCAGGAAUAACGAGGAGCCGGAGGCCCGGGGGGCCGGCGGGACGGUGGACAUCUCCGGCCUGCCCGACGCCCGCUACGCGGCCCUGUUGAGGGAAGACUUUGCCUAUUCUGGGUACGAGUGCUGGGCCGAGCACGAGGAUCAGCUCCCGGAGCCGCACGGCUGCCAGGCGGCCGCCGAGGGCUCCGGGACGCGGCCCAGGCGCUGCCGCGGCUGUGCCGUCCUCCGUGUGGCCGACUCCGACUACGAAGCCAUCUGCAAGGUGCCCCGCAAGGUGGCCCGCAGCGUCUCCUGCGGGGCCUCUUCCCGCUGGUCGGCCAGCACCUGCACCGAGGAACCAGCCGAGGCGGGGCCCGCGGACUGGCCGAGUGCCCAGGGCCCCGGGGACGGGGAGAGCAUGGAGGAGGGGACCCCGGGCUCCUCCCUGGAGUCCUUGGAAGACCCCGCGGGGGCCAGCCCUCCGCGACACAAGGACGGGGAAGCUGACCGCGGCGGGCCGGAGUUUCCCAAGUGGGACUGCGGGCCGGAGGGGAUGGUGGGGCCGGAGGGGCCGGGGGCCCAGCCCGCGUGCGGCCACCGGCUGGACCUGGCCCUCAGCCUGAUCCGGAGUUGCGGCUACAAGCCGGUGCACAGCCCCCGCGGGAGCAAACUCCCCAUCCCCGUGAAAAUCAGCCCCCCGGGCACCGCGGCCGGCCAGCCGGAGCCGGACGGAGCGAGCCCUGGCUUCGCGGCCCGGGCGGCCGGCAAGUCCCCGUCGAGGCCCAGCCUGGGCUUCCCCCUCGACCUGUCUGACCUGCUGGAGCUGUGGGAGGAGCUGUGGGAGGAGUACUUGCCCCUCCACAUCCAGCCCGCGGCCGAAGAGCACCCCCUACUCCAGGACCUGAAUCUGUCCGCGGUUACCGCAGUGCCCGCGUCGGGGGAGGAUGAAACCGGUCCACUCUUGGCUGAGCUUGAGGAGAAAAUCCAGCAGACAGAGGCCACUAAUGAGGUUUUGCAGCGGAAGCUGAGGGACGUGAGCUCGGAGCUGGAGUCUGUCCUGGAGGUGUCCCGGAGGCAAGAUCGAACGAUCCAGAGCCUCGAGGAGGCCUUGAAGAGCCGGGAGAGUGAGGUGGAGGAGCUGCACCAUGUGAUCGAAGGUCAGAAUGAGGCCGUGGCCAAGCUUCAAGGCCCGCUGGACCGAAGCCAGCUUGGGCAGCUCCAGGUGACGGAGGCCUCCACCCCGGCGCAGCUGCAGGCGGCCCUGCUGGAGCUGCAGAACGCGCUAGCGUGCAGCCAGCUGGAGGUGCAGACCCUGCAGAGGGCAGCCCGGCGGGGAGAGCGCCAGCUGGCUGAAGCUGGACGGCGUGGGCAGCUGGCAGAAGCUGAGGCGAGGGAAGGGCAGCAGCAGCAGGAAGCCACACGGAGGCACAACCAGGAAUUGCACGGCAUCCUGCAGCGGCUGCGGGGGGAGCUGCAGCAGAAGACCCAGCAGCUGCGCGCACUGGAGAGCGAGAAAGACAGUGAGAUCCGGGCCCGGGAUCAGAGCAUUCAACACCUCACGCUCAGCCUGAGGCAGAAGGAACAGCUACUGCAGGAGUACCGGGAGCUGCAGCAGCUGCAACGGCAGCAGAGCAAUGGUGAGGGAGCCCCCGAGGCCCGGGACCUGCUGACUGAGAAGCUGCGGCAGCGAAUCCUCGACCGUGAUGUGGCCCUGGAGCGGGCAGUGGAUGAGAAGUUCACUGCCGUGGAAGAGAAGGAGCGGGAGCUGGGCCAGCUGCGGCUGGCACUGCGGGAGCGAGACCGAGACGUGGAAAGGCUGUGCAGUGUCCUGUCCAGCAACGAAGCCACCAUGCAGAGUCUGGAGAGCCUCCUGCAGGCCAAGGGGCUGGAGGCGGAGCAGCUGUCCACCUGCUGCCAAAAUCUGCAGUGGCUCCGGAGCGAAGGGGAGGCCGCGUUCGGCCGCUGGCGGGAGGAGCAGACGGCCUUGGUCCAGCAGCUCCAGACGUCCCUGCACCAGCGCAACCAAGAGCUGGAGGAUCUGGGUGCCAGGCUGCUCCAUGAGCUAGGCGCCAGUCUGCCAGCCGAGGAACUCUGCCUGCGCCUGCAAUGGAAGGAGAAGCUGCUGCAGGACGUGCUGGCCGACCGCACCAAGCAGUCGGAGGAGCACGGGGCCGAACUCCAGGCCCUGCUUCAGGCCACGAGCACCCGGGAGCAGGAGAGCCAGGCCGUGGCAAAGAGGAUGGUGCAGGCGCUGGUGGAACGGAGCGCGGAGGUCCAGGCCCUGCGCCAGCACCUGGGAAGGAAGGAGCAGGGACUGGCCCACUUGCCCGCUCAGAGCCAGGCCGCCGUUGCCACCCCCGUCGAUCUCGGGGACACCCAACUGCCCAGCCCAGGAGGAACAGUGCCGGCGCCAGGAGACCCCAGCGGUGGCUUCCGAGCCGGGACUGCUUUGGAGCCCGGCAACGUUUCCAGAGUCCAACCAGGAGCCGCAGAGACAGCCUCAGAGCUGGAGAAGGAGCUGGUUACUGCCAGAGAAGAGCUGGGGCUCCUGGCAAGAAAAGAAAGAGAAAGUCGGAGAGAGCUGUCCACGCUCCAGGCUGUCGUGGCCCAACAGGAGGCUGCGCUCCAGGCCCAGGCUGCGGACGUGGAGACAUUGACAAGGAGCGUGCAGAUCAAGGAGGACUUCAUCAAGGACCUGCAGGUGCAGCUGGUGGACCCGGAAGAGAUGCCGGCGGUGGAGCGCCUGAGCCAGGAAGUGCUGCUGCUGCGGGAGAAGGUGGCCUUGGCGCAGGCCCCGGAAUCAGGGGCUCCUGGGCGCCAGAGAGAGCAGCUGCUGCAGGCGCUGGACGAGCUGCUGGAGGAACGCAGACGGCUGAACGAAGCGCUGGAGGCCGAGCGGCAGCUCUACGGCAGCCUAGUGCGGGCCCACGCUCAGCCCGAUGGGCUGGAGCGGAGCCUGCAGGCGGAGCUGGCCGGAGCGCAGGCGCUGCGGGGGCGGCUGGAGGAGGCGCUGGGGCGGAGCGUGGAGCGUCUGUGUGCGCUAGAGACCCUGGCCACCAUCGGAGGGCCGGGGGGCGAGGACCGCGAGGACACCAGCACCGAAUUCACCGACAGCAUCGAGGAGGAGGCCGCUGCCGUGGCCGACAGCGUCCAGCGGCCGCACGUCCGAGGGGCGAUGGAGCACAGCCCAGGGAGCCCGGCCCCUGCCCUGCCCGGCGGGGAGGGGGGCCAGCAGGCAGAGCUGCUCAGAGUGAGUGCCGAGGCCCAGCAGCACCUGGAGCAGAGGCAGAAGGCGGAAGGGGAGCUGCGGGACCUGAAGGCCCAGAUCCAGGAAGCUGGAUUCUGCUCCGUGACCCACAUCAGGAACACUCUGCUGAGCCUGUGUUUGGAGAACGCUGAGCUGAAGGAGCGGAUGGGUGGCGCAGCCACGGAAGCUUCGUGGGAGAACGAGGAAGGGCGGGAGAAGAAGGAGGAGGCCAAGGGGUCCAAGGGGCCCGGAAGCAGUGCCGGCCCGCGGGCCGAGGUGGCGAAGCUGUGCGGCGAGCUGAAGAACGCAGAUGCCAUCGUCCGACUCCUCAAUUGCGAGGCGGGCCAGGGCCUGUUCGACCCGCAGGUCAUCGUCCGUCUGGCCGAGGAGGUGGACCGGCUGAAGGCCGAGGCGGCCCGGGCCCCCAGGAAGGGGGUGGAGGAGGCCGGGGAUACGGGACCCCGUCCACGCCUCGACGCUCCCACCCAGGGGGAACCGGGCCCCCCUGGGCCAGCCCAGCAGCUUCGGUCCCGGCUGGCGCAAUGGGAGCGCCGCUACCAAGAGCUCCAGGCCAAGCUGGUGGCAUCGGAGGCCACCGUCCGUGCCCAGGCCAGCCAGCUGGCACGGUGCGGCGCCCUGAUCCGGGAGCCGUCGGUGAGGCAGCACAGCAAACAGGUGCAGGUGGAUCUGCAGGACUUGGGCUACGAGACGUGCGGCCGGAGCGAGAACGAGGCCGAGCGGGAGGGCACCACCAGCCCCGAGUGCGAGGAAAACGAUGUCUUCAGCGACGCCCGGUUGGCGGAACUUCUGGCCGCCCCGUCCAGUCUCCCGGGCCCGGUCAGCUCCCCGCCCAAGAAGCUGCCGGAGGAGGAAGAGGAGGUGGAGGAGGGGGAGGUCCAGCGGCACGUCCAGCACCUGAAAGCCCGGCUGCGGAACCCGGACCCGGUCACCCAGGGCCCGCAGCGCCGCGGACGCUCCUGCUCCGCCACCAGCGACUACGCGUCCAGCCUGGAGCGGCCGCGCAAACUCAAGUUGCCCAGCGGGGACCCCGUGCCCUCGCCGCCCCGCAGCCUCACCGACGAGGAGGAGGAGGAGGAGGAGGAGGAGGGAGAGGAGGAGGAGGAGGAGGACUGGCUGUCGGACGGCGCGGGGACCUUCUGCCCCCCGGGGGUCCGGUCCCGGGCCGAUCUGGAGAGGCUGGUCCGGAGGGUCAGCCUGCUGGAGACCCAGCUGACCAGGCCGCAGCCGGCGGAAGAGACGAGAUCGGCGGCGUGGUCGGGGAAAUACGACUCCCUGAUCCAGGCCCAGGCCCGGGAGCUGUCCCUGCUGCGGCAGAAGUCCCGGGAAGGCCGCGGGCUGGGCCACCUCCUCGCCCAGCACCUGGCCAGCGCCGUCAAAGCCUUCGAAGAUCUCCUGCGCAGCGCGGACAUCGACUACUUCCUAGGGCGGAGUUUUCGCGAGCAGCUGAUCCGGGGCCACCAGUUGGCCGAGAGGCUGGCCAGCAAGCUGAGCCCCCGAGGCGGCUCGCUCCUGGACGACCCACCUGGACGCGAUUUCUUGGCUCACAGCAGGCUCCAGGAGGAGCUCCAGGAGAAGGAGCGGGUCAUCGAGGCCCUCCAGGCCAAACUGGACGCCCGCUCCCUGACCCCGUCCAGCUGCCGCUCCCUCUCGGACUCCCAGCGCUCCCCCAGCGUGGCCUCCUUCGUGUCCGACGAGCUGGACGCCUGCUCCGACGGGGACGCGGCCAGCGAGGACGCCCGGCGGGAGGAGGACCGGACUGACCGGAAGGACCGGACACGCCCAGCCCGCCCACCCUCCCCCUCCGGGACCCCGAAAGCCGCGAAGGGCAGCCGCGCCACCGCCGUGCCCGCACCCCGGGACCCCCACCACCACAGGAUCCACGAGCCCGCAGGCCUUCGCUUUAAGCCCUUCCCCAAGCCCCCCCAGCUCCCCGCCUCCCCGGCCCCCGGCCCGCCCCCCGCCCUCCUCGGCGGCUGGGGUCCGCCCAGGGUCUGCGUGGCGGAGGCCCAGCAGGAACUGCAGAGGCUGCAGAAGCAGUUGGGAGAACGCGCGGCUGUCGCCGUCCCGGCCGUCCAGCCCGCCCCGUCAGCCGGGCCGCCGUCCACGACCACCGGACUGCGGACCGCCCCGCUCCCUCAACAGCCUCGCCCCUCGGCGGGGCCUUGGGGCGGAGCUCAGCUGCCGGCGCCGCGGCAGGGGAAUAACUGGGGGGCUCUGGGGGUCUGCGGCCCGGCCCCUCGGCCCGCCUUCCUGGGGUUCCCAGGUGACUCGCUGAGCUUCUCCGUCCCCAGCCCGGAGUCGGCGUCGUCUCAAGCCCGGGACAACCGGGUCCUUCGGGAAGAAAACCAGAGACUUCAGGCUCGGCUGGACAACCUUUCCCGAGAGCACGCGGAGCGGCAGGAGGCCCUGCAGGGGGCGCUGCGGGCGUCGGAGGCGCGGCUGCGGGAGGCGGCGGAGCGGGAGCGGCGGCGGGCGGAGCAGCGGCGCCUCCUGGCGGACGCGCGGGAGAAGCAGCGCGAAGUGCAGCGGCUGCGGCAGGAGCGGUUGGCCCUGCGGGACCGGCCCGCACGGCCGCAGCCUGAGCCCCUCCGGGCCGUCGGGACCGACGUGCGGGUCUUCGAGAGGCGCUCCGGAGGCUCCCCGCCGCCGCUACCAGCUUGCAGCGAGGACGGGGCCCCCGGAACCCCUCUGAGCGGAGACCUGACGGGGCUGGUGGCUGAAGUCCGAGCCCUGCGGAGCCAGUUAGAGCACAGCAUUCAGGUGAAUGACUCCCUGCGGCAGCAGCUGGAGCAGAAGCUGGAUGGGAAUUUUGACAAAAUCCACCUCGGCCCCUCCUCCCCCGCCCAGGCCUUCCCGGCCACAGAUCCGGAGAGACCGGCCCAGCUCUUCCCAGACGCCGUCCUUUCUCCUCCCGUGCGGGAUGUUGGCAUGAAUUCCCCAGCUCCCACUUUUCCUGGCUCUGAUGCACAGGCUCCCGGCCUGGAGCCUCGUCCCUCCUCCAGGAAGACAGGGUCAGGCCCGGAUGCUGGCCGGGCCGGGAAGGAAGAUCCCGCGCUGGUCGGGGACUCUGCCCCGGGCACGUGCCCCAGCCUGCAGAGCUGCCACGUGGUGGGGCACGUAGAUCAUUUUGGGGCUCUGCAGCAGCAGCUCCUGGAGGGUCAAGGGCUGGUCCAGGGGAUGGUGAGACUGCUGCAGCCCAGCGCCCGAGGACCUGGCCGGGAAGCCCUGGGCCUUGAGACCCUUGACGGUGCCAGCUUCCGCCAGCUGUGGGGCAGCACUGCCACUCUGGGCCAGAUCCUGGCCGAGGCCACCUCCCUCCUCGCCACUUUCUGGACUGUGGCCGCGUCUCUGUCGGGCCCCCUCAGCCCUGCUCAGGGCCCGCAGGCGGAGGAGUCGGCGGGCGGGGAAAUCUGGGAGCUGAGAGCCAAAGUGUCGGAGCAGGAGAGUCGUCUCCGAACAGCGGCCCAGCGCCUGCACAGCUGCCAGCAGGCUAAACAGAGCUUGGAGCGGCUGGUCGUCAGUCAGCUCACUCAGACUCACGAUGUCUUGAAGAAGGCCAGAUCCAACUUGGAGAAGGACCCUCACAAGAUUUUUCCUGGAAAGUCUCAUCCGUCUUCCAGUCCAGGGGCCGUCCCCCCGAGUCCCGUGACUGCUGUCUUCCAGGAGCCCGGCACCAAGUGGAGUCCCCAGCGCUGUCUGAGGCAGCGGGAGGACUGGGCCUGGCCCUGCCUGACCCAGAUGCCCAACUUCUGAGCUUGGACCCGCCCCUCCAGAGCUGAUGAAGGCAGGGGGAGUUGAGAAGAGGGCAGGAGGGGAAAAGGACUGUAGGGCGACAGAACAGAGUGGGCCCGAGGAGAGAAGUGGAUGGGGACAGGUGGAGUGACUGACCGUCUGGCGAUCCUGCUGCUUGCUUGAGGGCUGGCCCUGUGAGAGUGGCUGUAGCCCAGGGUUCUCCUCUAUAGGCUCAGCCCUAAAUUAGCCAACCCAGAGGGAAAAACCUCCUCUCUAUCCCCUCCCCCGUUAACCCUUCCUUUACUCCCUCCCAGAGUCACAGACCCCGGGGACAUGACGAAACAGAGAAGCCCUGCAGUGCUGCCCCUGGGGAAAUGAAAGCCAGAUUUAGGCCUGCUUUCCCAGAGCAGAGAGCCCGGGCCCCUCCCAUCGCCAAGGAGGAGCCUGCCCGGGCUGGGAGGGAAUCCCACUCAAUCAAUCAGUGGUAUUUCUUGAGCACCUACUGUGUGCAGAGCACUGCACUAAAUGCUACAGUAGUUAGUGAUGGAGUUCCCAGCCUAGCAAGGGAGACCGACACAAGCGGGUUCCCCCCAGACCCCGCCUGGCCCUCGGCUUGUGCAUCUGAGGGCCAGUGUGGGGUCCGAGUCACCAUCCUCCUUCCCGGCCAGAGUGGGACAGGCCCCCUCUUCAUGGGCAGAUGCCUCUGGGGGCUGAGGGACAUGGCUGGGGCGUGCGGCGUGCUGCUGCUUGCAGGAUGUACAUAGACGUUAGGCCCCUAUGUUGGGGAUGCCCCAACCUGGGACGCAGUGUGUACAAAAUAAACGGUUCUCAUCACA